AUGAAUGCUACCGAAUGUCUGCGCUCGAGAGCUUUCCAGGCACGAGCAAAUGGAGAUUAUGACCGAGCUAUCAAGUUUUACACGAGUUUAUCGACUGCAAAACAGAGUGAAAUUGAGGCGAAAUUCCAGCUCGCUGUGUGUUUAGAACGAACAGGUCAAAUCAGACCCGCGUUAGCAGCUUACAAGCAAGUUCAGAGACUUCCCGGUGGACAACAUGCCUUUGCGUUCUAUAAUAUGGGCAAUUUGUGUAUGCGUGUCGAUAAAGUAGCUCAAGCUGUCGACUAUUUUUCACGUGCGAUUAGUGUCAGCAAAGACAAAAAAGGGUCCAAUAGAGGAUCACCCCCAAGUGCAUUUUAUCGACAGCGAGCAGCAGCGUACCGUAAGAAUGGAGAUUUCGAGAAGGCCGCACAAGAUUACGACCUUGUUCAAAAGAACUCAGGGGGCUCCACUACCUUGGUAGACGAGAGUGUGAUGUACACUGCUGAGCACCUGUACAACACCGUGAAGCGUGCCACAUCUCCGAAGAAAAGAAUCCCUCAACAAAGUACUGAAGAUGCACUGACAGCUUGGACGCUUCAGCGCAGUCUGGAGAUUGCUCGACUUCCACCGUCUGAAAGAAGCGACAGUGACCUUCAAUACCUCGUCGAUUUUAUGCAGAAGAGAUUCUUAGUUUGCGCGGCGUUGAAUCCGGAAGUUUGCAAGCUUUUAUGUCGUGAUCUUGUGCUAAGUCCCGAUGGAGCUCUUCCAGCCCGAACACCAAUUUUUAUGGAUCAGAAUGGUGUUGAAGCUCCACAUGAUAAGUCAUUGUAUUUUAUUUUUCAAGGAAGAGUAUCUGUCUCAAAGACUGCUGCUGAAAUGGGUGCGUCCGACGUCACGUGGGAACCUCCAUGGAAUACUUAUCAAACACCCGUUAAUUCGGACUGGAAGCAAACGCAAUUAGAGCUCUGUGAGCUUGAGCACGGAGAUAUUUUUGGUCACCAAGGGAGGAUUACAAACGCUCCACGAGCGUAUUCAGCAAUUACGACAACAACGUGUGUGAUAGGGGCUUUAUCGUGGCAUCAGUGGAGUCGAAUUGACCGUGCACAACACGAAGUCGAGCGAGACCGCGCCGCUCGAUUCCUCUCCAUGGCCCCAGCGUUCAAUAAUAUCCCCGUAGUAGAUAUCCGCAACCUUGCAAACCGAUCUACAUUUGUCAAGGUCAUCGGCUCCAAAGUCGUGUGCUGUGAAGGCCAGUCUGUGAAUGGGCUUAUACUGGUUCGAGAGGGCGAACUCUGCAAAUUUUCGCCUUGUGGAUUACGAACACCACCUGAUAUGUCCAUAUCAUUCGCACUUAGUGGACGUCUAUCUGAAUCUCAAAGCGCUCGACUAUUUUACACACAACUUGAGACUGCAGGGGAUCCUCUGAGCUUUUUACGUAUUAAUGAGGCGCAUCAUGGAUUUCUUCCACAAAAUUACGUGAAGUCCAAGCAGCGGGAGCUUCUGCGAGCUGCCACUACACGACCAAAAUCAACCUAUACCAGGCGAACAAGUGUCGCUAUCAACUGUAUGGGGACUGGAAGGGGGACAACGCCAACGCAAUCGGUUGCGCUGGCACUGCGACGUGGAGAAUGUUUUUGUGCGUCAUCAUCCUGGGUUCCACCGCGCCAGUCUCGACAAGAAAAACAGCAGAUUCAUGGAAUAUCUUGCGCCAAGGCAGCGUUGAUAUCGGUCUCUACAGUAGAGCUUCUGUUCUUGUCGGCUGCAGAUAUCAUGCAGGGAUUCUCUGCUGAUAGCCGUUCGCAACUACAUCGUAAUUUACAGGACAUUGCCUUGAUGAACAAACAUAAGUACAAGACAGACUUGUCACGUUUACGAGGUCCACCUGGAGGGAGAAGAAACUCGAAUCUGUUAGAGCAGUUAGUCCGAGAUACACAUUGGAGCAAAUUUAAACAGGAGCUCGUGGAGAGUGUGCUUCGCGGACGGACGUGACCUUAAAGGCAGCACAUGUAUAUGUUAUUGGGAUUUAAAUUCUUACUAGCAGAGGAUUCAUUUAA